GGGCCGGGGCAGCGGGGAGGAGUGAGGCUGAAGCGCGUAGGAGGGAAUCCCGAGGGGAGGGGUCGACAGUCGGUGCCUAGACUGGGGGGCGGGAGCCCUGAAGCAAGGGGCGGGGGGUGAGCCCCGACGGCCAGCCAGCCAGCUCUGCAAGCAGACAAGCCAGAGCCCCGUAAGGCCCCGCGGUCCAUUGUCUGAGCCCCUGUCCCGUGCACCCCAGUGUGGAGGCCCGGCCCGGCCCGGCCGGGAGACCCUCCUUGUCCUCACCACAGCUAUAAUAGGUGGUGUUGCCGACUUAGGAGACUUCAGCCUGUCAGACCUGCCCGGGACCUUGCUGCGCAGCUCUGAGAGCCAUGCUGCAAGCCGUCACCUGGACCCGGCAUUUUUAGAUCAGAUUCAGGGAUCCUGGGAACCCGGGGCCAACGCCUCCUGUCCUGCCCCGCCAUAGCGGGAAGCAGCAAGUCCAGUCCCGGCUCGCCACAGACCGGUGAUGGGGACCGAAACUCUGCUUUUGAGCUGGGGAGCCGCGACACUGCUGGCGCUCGCUGCUAUGCCUGGAGUUCUAGCCGCCAACAGCAGCGGCAGAUGGUGGGGCAUAGUGAACGUGGCGUCCUCCACCAACCUGCUGACCGACUCAAAGAGCUUGCAAUUGGUGCUGGAACCAAGUCUGCAGUUGCUUAGCCGCAAGCAGCGGCGGCUAAUUCGGCAAAACCCGGGGAUCUUGCACAGCGUGAGCGGCGGUUUGCAGAGCGCUGUGAGGGAGUGCAAGUGGCAGUUUCGGAAUCGACGCUGGAACUGCCCCACGGCUUCAGGGCCCCACGUUUUCGGCAAGAUAGUCAACAGAGGAUGCCGAGAGACCGCCUUCAUCUUCGCCAUCACAUCUGCUGGAGUGACACACUCUGUUGCUCGCUCCUGUUCCGAGGGUUCCAUAGAAUCUUGUACGUGCGACUACAGGCGACGUGGCCCGGGAGGUCCGGACUGGCACUGGGGCGGCUGCAGUGACAACAUCGACUUUGGUCGCCUCUUUGGCCGAGAAUUUGUAGACUCUGGGGAGAAGGGGAGGGACCUGCGUUUUCUCAUGAACCUUCACAACAAUGAGGCGGGGCGCACGACUGUAUUCUCGGAGAUGCGCCAGGAAUGCAAGUGCCACGGAAUGUCGGGCUCGUGCACUGUGCGCACGUGCUGGAUGAGAUUGCCCACGCUACGCGCUGUGGGCGACGUGCUGCGGGACCGCUUUGACGGCGCCUCGCGCGUACUCUACGGCAACAGGGGCAGUAAUCGCGCAUCCCGCGCAGAGCUGCUGCGCCUAGAGCCGGAAGACCCUGCCCACAAGCCGCCCUCACCUCACGACCUCGUGUAUUUCGAGAAGUCUCCCAACUUCUGCACCUACAGUGGGCGCAUGGGCACGGCGGGCACCACAGGACGCGCCUGCAACAGCUCCUCCCCGGCCCUGGACGGCUGCGAGCUUCUGUGCUGCGGACGAGGCCACCGCACGCGUACGCAACGCGUCACCGAGCGCUGCAACUGCACCUUCCACUGGUGCUGCCACGUCAGCUGCCGCAACUGCACCCACACGCGGGUGCUGCACGAAUGUCUGUGA